AUGCUACUGCAUGACUUUGACUUGGCGGCUGGCAAUCGAAGCUGGAAUGAGCACUCGCCCAACUUCCAGCCGCUCCCUCCGUCCUCUGUGCGGAUCGGUGUGUUUGGUAUGAACGACCUGAAGGAGAAGGAGGAAAGCAGCAGCAGCGGGUCGGAAGUGAAGAGGAGGAGGAGAAUCUUGAAGUUCUGCUCUCCUCUCAGCGGAAGGUUGGGGUGGGGUGGCUGGUGGAACUGGAGGCUCCGAGACGAGCAGCAGGGAGAGGCUGGAGAGGAGGAAGGGGAGGAGGAGGAUGUCGUGGACUUGGACGACGACGAGUUGCAGGUCGUGCUGGACGAGGACGAGGAUGGGGACAUGUCUAGGAGGGAGAGGGAGGAAGAAAACGACGGGGGGGAGGCAGAGGAGGAGGGGAAAGAGGAGGAGAAGAAACUCCGCGCAUGCCGCCUUCUGCUCUUUCGUGCGCUCAAGUCGCUCAAGUUCAAGGGGAGGAUGAGGGAGUUGCUGGCGAGACCUUCAGGGCUGGAGGAUGAGGAGAGUUCUCUACAGCAGAUUGAGAUCGAAUGGUGUGUGCGAGGAAACGUGUCAAAGGCGGAAAGGAUGUAUCAUGACGCUCUUGAAGCAAGCAAGCAAGACAAAGCCCUCCUCAGGUCCUACUCAGACUUCCAGGUCUUCUGCAGACAAGACAUUGAGAAAGCCGAGCUUGCGCUUCAAAUGUCGAUAGAUCAAGAUCACAACUUUGCGCCUUCGCUCCUGUCGUACUGUGAGCUUCUCCUUCUCAAGCAAGAGAGCCUGGAAUCCAUGAGCAUCGUCGAGACGCUGCUGGCCCACGCGAAGAACCUUGUGGAGAGAGAGAAGAGAGAACGAGAACGAGAGGAGACGCUGAUGCAGCUGAAGCACCUGACGGCCCUGCUGGUCCUUGCGAGGGAGGGUCACGAGAAGGCCUACGACUUGCUCGUAGCCAACUUAGAAGAUGAUUUCACCAGGCAGCACAACCUCAACACGAACCAUGAGAGAUGGUUGCGACUUCUGCUCGCUGACUCGUCAGCCUCUCCUCCUCUCUCCAUCCGUGCGAGUAACUACGCGCUGACUUGGUCCACGAUUGGAAUGGUGAGGUGGAGGAUGGGAGACCUGGAGGGGGCCGAGAGCGCGCUGUUGACCUCCAUGCUCUGUGCGAUCAAGCGAUGGGGAGGAGGAGGAGGAGGAGGAGGAGGAGGAGGAGGAGGAGGAGAGGGGCUCCUGCCUCUCCGUCUCCUCGAGGAGACGCGGAUGCUUCGGACGUUGAUGGGCAGCAUGUGCAGGUACGCAGACCUGCUGGCGGGGUGGAAGGGGAGGGAGGAGGACGCGACGCUGCUGUACCUGGAGGCCACGAGGCUCAACUCGCAUGACGGUGAAGUCGAUGCAGAGAUGUUCAGGUUGCUGCGGUGGCGGGGGCAGAGCAGGAGAGCGUGGGAGACGCUGUCUGCCAAGUACGCGGAGGAGGAAGCACCUGCUCCUGUUGCCCUCCUGCGCGCCAGGAUGCUUUCAGAGGAGCUGCAGGAGCACAGCAGGGCAGAGAUGAUGUUGCGGAGGAUCUCGGAGGAGGGGAGGGGAGGACGCGAGCUGCUCUGGGCGGGACAAGCUUGCGUGCUGCAUGCAGACCUGCUGCUGCUGGUGAGAUGGGACGAGAGGAGGGCUGAGCAGAUGCUCCUGUCGUCCCUCAAGAGGACGAACUCGACGAGCAGGGACCCGAGGAUAGUGGCUCUGAGAGUGACGCUGCUCUGCCGUCUCGCCAGGAUCAGGGAGAGGAGGAGGACGUGGAGGGAUGCUGUGGACUUGCUCAACCUUGCGCUCAAGAUCCUUUCUGCCCCUCACGUCUCGCUCUCGCUUGAAGAGCUGGAAGGAAGAGGGAAGGGAUCGAAGACUACAGGGAGCAAGAGAAGAAAAGAGGCUGGAGCAGGGGGAACCAUGGAGGAAGGAGCAGGAGCAGGAGCAGGAGCAGGAGCAGGAGCAGGAGCAGGAGCAGGAGCAGGAGCAGCAUUGAGGGAGAGUCUCUUCUCUCCUCAUCCGCUGCUCCUCCUUGCAAGAGGUGAGGUCCUGCUCUGCCUCGGCUGGACUUUCUACCGGGCGGGGCAGCACCAACGAGCUCUGUCCUACUCCUCUAAGGCCCUCUGCUGCAGCGGGAGCAUGGUGAACCUGGUCAACCACUCCCUCCUCUUCUCCCCUCAUGACCGUCAACUCCUCCUGCGCUCCUCCUCCGACCUCCUCGUCUCCCACCACGUCGUCCUCCUCAAGUCGGACUUCGCGGCCUCCGCCCUCCUGCUCCGCUCGCAUGCUCUGUUUGCCUGCUCGCAUGUGGACGAGAGUCUCAGCCUCCUGCAGGAGGCGAAGAAGCUUCUCCCCUCCUCUCCUCACCUCCUCUUCGCUCGCGUCAUGUUCAAGUUCGCCCAGCUCGACCUGGAGGGCGCGGAGGAGGAGCUGCGGUCUGCGCUGAGGGCUCAGGCGCCUGACGGGAGGACGCUGCUGGCCUCUGUUGCCGUCCUGUGCGGGUCCAGCAAAAACAUGUCGAGCAUGCAGAAGAAGCUCAUGGCGGCAAGACGGAUGCUGAAGAGCGCACGGAGAACUAAGUUGGAGGAGCAGCAGGAGGAGAAAGCGGAGAACGGGGAGAAGGAGGAGGAGAGCAGAGAAGAGAAGAGGAGGAGGAGGAGGAGGAGGAGGAGGAGUGGGAGCGAAUCGGACUUUCUAGAUCAAAGCAGGUGGUGGAUGCUGGGAGGGGACUGGGGCUGGCGGCACAUUUCAUGCGGGGAGAAGGACGUGACGAGCUGGGAAGAGCUGGAGGAGAAGCUGCUGCGGGUCAUGCAGGAGCUUGAGGAGGAGCUGGAGAAGAGGAAGAGGGAGUUAGAGCUCUAUCGUCAUAUGAAACGCGCGGUGGGGGAGGGGGAGGAGGAGGAGGAGGGAGACUCGAGGACCUCGCUAGUCGAGAGCUUGCAGGUAGGGCUGGAGAUCUUCCCGCAGGACAGGAACGACACAGACUCCUCCUCCUCGUCCUUGGUCGCGAAGACGCUGGAUGAGCUGGACCACAAGUCCGACGAGGAGGAACGAAUUACUGUACAAGUCAAGGAGAACUCCAGCGACCUCGUGCGACUUUUAGUCCCGAUGCUCCAGAAGCUCGAGGAGGAGGAGAGACAAGAAGCAGCAGGAGGAGCAGCAGGAGCAGCAGGAGCACCAGGAGCAGCAGGAGCAGCAGGAGCAGCAGGAGCAGCAGGAGCAGCAGGAGCGGCUACAGCAGAAGGAGGAGGAGAGGGAGAGGAGGAGCUCGAUAUCCAAGACAUCAUCGAGAUGGAGCAGGAGAAUCUGCUGGCAGACAGCUCCGGCCGUCACGCAGCUGAGACCUACCUGGAGGCGAAGGACGUGCUCCGGUACCUCCUGGCUCUCGAGCUCGGUCACCCCCAGCAAGUGAGCGAGGAGGAACGGGAGCUGCUGCAGACCCGCGUCAUCGCUCUCCUCGCACAGAACGCUUUCAGCCCUGAGGAGGAGGAGAGGAGGAGGAGGCAGAACCUCACCUGCUCCUGCGGCAUCCAGGGAUGCGGGGGACAAGCAGAGCCUUUCUGGCUCCUUCCUCGCGACCGGUGGAGGAGGCUGGAGGUGGAGCCGUUCCUGGCGAGGAGGAGAUGGUUCAUACCCCCUGCUGUGACGGGAGAGGAGCAGGAGGAGGAGAGGAGGAGACGGCGGGAGCUGCUGCGGGAGCUGAAGGAUGAGAUCGCAUCCAAGAUGCGGACGCAGCUGUCGCAGAAGCCGCUGGAGCUGCGGGGGAGGAGCAUAGAGGAGGCGAUGGACUCUGUUGAAGACCACUUGAGGGAGGCAGAGGGAGGGUUCAGGAGGAGAAGGCUCCCAGUGAGCGAGAAGGAGAGGACCAACCUGCGGAGAGCGCUAGAGGAGAAGGAGGAGAAGAGGAGCGCGGACGUGGCGAUCAUGAGCGAAUAUGAGCGCGAGCGGAUGGAGAGGAUACGGAGGAACAAGGAGGCGCUGGAGCACGCGGGGCUGAGAGGGGAGGAGGACGAGGACGAGGAGCAGGAGGAUCAGGAGGGAGAAGAGGAGAAGCAGGAGGGGAGGGACGACAUAAGAAUGGAUCAAGCUACCAACAAGAUCAGCGCAGGAGCAGAGGCUCUUCGUCGAGUGGCAGAGAGCAUGCAGGAGGAGAAGAGGCGUGCGGAGGAGAUGAGGAUGGGGGAGGAGGAGGAAGAGACUUUCAACUAUGAGAGCUUUGAGCCUUUGCUUCACAACUGUAACAAGGUCAAGUUGGAGCAGAUCUCGGAGACGGAAGUCAAGCAGGACGCACCGCCAGUGACGGGAGGGGCAGGGCGAAGGAGAUACGAACGAGUCAAGCUCUUGGAGUCUCUUGUAUGGGAAAGCAACUUGAUCUCUGCAUUGAAGGUUGAAAGAGGCGAAGCGAAGGAGGAGCGGAAG